AUGGAGACCCUGAUCCCCGUGAUCAACAAGCUACAAGAGAUCUUCAACACAGUGGGCACGGAAGCCAUCCACCUCCCGCAGAUCGUGGCCAUUGGCUCCCAGAGCAGUGGAAAGAGCUCUGUUCUGGAAAGCAUUGUGGGCCGAGACUUCCUUCCAAGGGGUUCUGGGAUCGUGACUCGUAGGCCCCUGAUCCUCCAGCUGGUUCACGUAGCUUCCCUGGAAGAACGGAAGAGAGCAGCAACCUCAGAGACAUGUAUCCAAGAAGAGGAAUGGGCCACUUUCAUACAUUGCAAACAUAAGUCAUUUACGGAUUUUAAUAAAGUCCGACAGGAAAUUUCUGAUGAGACAGAUCGGGUCACUGGUACUAAUAAGGGGAUCAGUCCUGAGCCUAUGCACCUGAAAAUCUUUUCCUCUAAAGUCCUCAAUUUGACUCUGGUUGACUUGCCUGGAAUCACCAAAGUCCCUGUGGGGGACCAGCCCCCUAACAUCGAGGCACUGGUCAGGGACAUGAUCCUGUCCUACAUCAGCAGUCCCACUUGUCUCAUCCUGGCUGUCACUGCUGCCAACACAGACAUGACCACUUCUGAAUCCUUGAAACUUGCCCGGGAUGUGGAUCCUGAAGGUCGCAGGACCUUGGCAGUGAUCACUAAGCUGGACCUCAUGGAUGCUGGGACAGAUGCACUGGAUGUGCUGAUGGGCCGAGUCAUCCCGGUGAAGCUGGGCAUUAUUGGAGUGGUGAAUCGGAGCCAGCUUGACAUCAACACACACAAGAACAUCAGUGAUUCCCUACAGGAUGAGCAGAGCUUCCUGCAGAAGAAAUACCCAGCUGUGGCCAACCGGAAUGGCACCCGCUUUCUUACUAAGACACUCAACAGGCUUCUGAUGCACCACAUCCAAGAUUGCCUGCCUAAGCUGAAGACGCGUGUGAGUGUGCUGACAGACCAAUGCCAGUCAGUGCUACAGAGCUAUGGGCAGCCUGUUAAAGACCAGAAUGCCAUUCUGCUGCAGAUCAUCACCAAAUUUGCCACUGAAUACUGCAACAUCAUUGAAGGCACAGCAAAGAACAUUGAGACCUCAGAGCUCUGUGGUGGUGCUCGCAUGUGCUACAUCUUUCACGAGACCUUUGGCCGAACUCUGGAAUCCAUUGAUCCUCUGGCUGGACUAACCAUGUUGGACAUCUUGACUGCCAUCCGAAAUGCCACGGGGCCUCGCCCAGCACUCUUCAUCCCAGAGGUCUCCUUUGAGCUGCUAGUAAAGAGGCAGAUUAAGAGACUGGAGGAGCCAAGCCUUCGCUGUGUGGAGCUGGUGCAUGAGGAGCUUCAGAGGAUCAUCCAGCUCUGUUCUACUUACAAUACCCAGGAGCUGCUGCGCUUUCCCAAGCUACAUGAGGCCAUCGUGGAGGUAGUAACCAGUGUCCUGAGGAAGAGAUUACCAAUAACCAAUGAAAUGGUUCACAACCUCGUGGCCAUUGAACUAGCCUACAUCAACACCAAGCACCCAGAUUUUGUUGAUAUGACUUUUGUCUCAGCUUCCAUCCAUACCAGCAAGCCCAUGCCAAGUGUGAGAAAACUGAGUCAAAGAGAACAACAUGACUGUGAGGUAAUCCGCAAACUGAUCCAGUCCUACUUUCUUAUUGUCCGGAAGAACAUUCAAGACAGUGUCCCCAAAACAGUCAUGCACUUCCUGGUGAACUAUGUCAAGGAUCACCUGCAGAGUGAGCUGGUGGGGCAGUUGUACAAGGCCCAGCUACUGGAUGGGCUACUGACUGAGUCUGAAGACAGGGCCCAACAGCGAAAUGAGGCAGCUUCCAUGCUCAAGGCCCUACAGAAGGCCAACCAGACCAUCUCUGAAAUCCGAGAGAUCCAGCUUUGGUGA